AUGACGCACAGUAGCAUCCACUGGUUCCGUAAAGGACUUCGCUUGCACGACAAUCCCGCACUGAUAGCUGCGCUGAGGGAUUGCAAACAAUUGUACCCCGUGUAUAUUCUGGACCCUUGGUACAGCAACAAUACAAAUAUUGGUGUCAACCGCUGGAGAUUCCUCCUCGGAGCUCUGAAGGAUUUGGAUCGCAGUCUUAAAAAACUCAAUUCCAGGCUCUUUGUUGUCAGUGGGAAGCCCACGGAAGUCUUCCUCAAACUGUUUGAAAAAUGGAAAAUCACACGGCUGACUUUUGAAAUUGAUACAGAGCCCUACAGUCAGUGCAGGGAUGAGGAAGUGCAGAAGUUAGCCAAAGACCAUGGUGUGGAGAUCAUUAAAGAGGUCUCCCAUACUUUGUACAACCUUGAGAGGAUUAUAGAUGAAAACAAGGGGAAAGCUCCUUUGACUUACAAACGUUUCCAGACCAUUGUCAGUGCAAUUGGUCCACCCAGAAAACCAGUGCCCCCACCAACACAACAGGACAUGCAAGGUGUGAACACGCCGUAUUCUGAAAAAGACGAUAAGAAAUACGGGAUACCAACACUGGACGAGCUUUGCCAGGACGCUGAUUUCGCUGGCCCUGAAAAUUUCCCUGGAGGAGAGCAAGAAGCUUUACGCAGAUUGGACAAACACCUUGAGAGAACGGGCUGGGUGUGCAGUUUUGAGAAACCACAAACAUCUCCCAAUUCUUUGACUCCCACCACCACUGUUCUCAGCCCGUACCUGAGUUUUGGCUGCCUGUCGGCACGUACAUUCUGGUGGGGGCUGAGUGAUGUAUAUCAAGGAAAGAAGCACUCUCAACCCCCGGUGUCUUUGCAUGGACAACUACUCUGGAGAGAGUUCUUUUACACUGCAGGCUUGGGAAUCCCCAAUUUUGACAAAAUGGAAGGCAACGGUGUCUGUGUGCAGGUGAACUGGGAUAACAAUCCAGAAUAUUUAGCCGCAUGGAGGGAGGCUCGCACGGGAUUCCCAUUUAUUGAUGCUAUAAUGACCCAGCUCCGACAGGAGGGCUGGAUCCAUCACCUGGCCAGGCAUGCUGUGGCCUGCUUCCUGACCCGCGGAGAUCUAUGGGUCAGCUGGGAGGAGGGGAAAAAAGUGUUUGAGGAGCUGCUGUUGGAUGCCGAUUGGGCUUUGAAUGCAGCCAAUUGGCAAUGGCUUUCUGCAAGUGCAUUCUUCCAGCAGUACUUCAGAGUCUACUCUCCUGUUGCUUUUGGAAAGAAGACAGACAAAAAUGGGGACUACAUUAAGAAAUACCUACCGCUCCUGAGGAAAUUCCCUGCAGAAUACAUUUAUGAACCGUGGAAAGCUCCACGCAGCAUUCAGGAACGAGCAGGAUGCAUUGUGGGAAAAGACUACCCCCGCCCUAUAGUCCAACAUGAAACUAUCAGUAAGAAGAACAUUCAGAGGAUGAAAGAGGCCUACGCAAAGCGUUCUCCUGAUCCUGCUGUGUCUCCUGAGAAAGAAAAAGGUAAGAAACGCAAAGCAGGAUCAGUCCUGGAUAUGCUGACAAAGAAGACAAAGAAAUAG